GUACCAGGUAGUAACAGAGGCAUCAAAGCCCGAGACCGUUCUCCUGCGCAUUCUCUCUCUGAAGACGCACACGUACAUAUCUUUAGCUCUCUUUCUACACAGAUUUUUCUCUUUCUCUUCAAAUCCUCAAUUCCUUCAGGACUUUUCUUCCAAAUAGCAGAGUAUUUCAUAGUCUGGUGAAACAAGGGUUACUGGAAUUGCGGAAUGACAUGGAGGAACUAAGGCAAGCUCGAUUGAUCUUUAAGAGCAACCUUACGUGCAGUUGUCAGGGCAUUGUGUUAGAUAAUGCAGCAAAGAAUAAAAUUGAUGGGCCUUGGAAGGAAAAAUUAGCAGCAAUUAGAUUGUCUGACGAAAUGCUAGAGUCUGAGUGAAACAAACUUUGGAGGAAGAGAAAGAAAACGUGUUGCAGAAAUGCAGGCAAUGGAGAAUGAACAAUUUGAUCAAGAUCAUUAUGAAGCUGAUGAGUGGAGGGCUAGGGAAAUUGCCAAGGAUGCUGUUAUACUCUUAAAACAAAAUGAAUACGAAAAAUGGAGAAAACAGAGAAUUAAAAUGAAGUUAAAUGGUUGGAGAAAGGAUGCUCAGCAGGUGUUUGUAAGACUGCCACUGAAUUCAAUUCUUUGUCAAUUGAGAAGUUUGUGCUUUGAUAAAGUUGGUGGAAACAAAAGAAGAAUAAAUGUAACAGCUGCAGCUUGCAAGUCAAGCAUUUAUGGGGCCAGGCUAAGGCAACUAUGGUCUUGUUUGUGCUUUUCUUCAAGCAAUUUGGGGUUGUUGUAAGGUGGAAUGUCAGCAUGAUGCUGCUGCUGCUCAGUUAUUUGCUAAUGACCUUCACCUGCAAUUUCCAGAUUUCUUUCUUGAGGAUAAGCAACUUUGAUGGGGGGUAUUGAUACAAAGCUGAUGCAAAUGUUUACGUGGCAACGUGCAAUGGUGGGUGGGUGUUAAGAUCACUUGGUGAAUAAGAUGUAUAUGUGGCAUGUAUUGAUAAGAGCAGUUACAAGUUAGUUUGUAAAGAUUAGUUGUUAAACAUGUAAAGCUUCUUGAUAUAAGGAGCAGAGUGUGUAGAAUGAGGGAUAUGAAUAGAAUUAGAGACUUAAGACUCUUCUUUUUCUCUCUGAGAUUCUCUUUCUUUCUUCUCUGAUUCUCUCUCUGUCUUCCUUUCUUCAUUUCUAUGAGAUCUGCAACAGGUAUCAGAGCAGGUUGAUUCUUGGCCAUGGAUUGAAAGUUGCUCUCAAGAAUGGAAUUACAGGUUUUUUUGGUUUCUUUCCCUGAAAUUUCUCUCUCUUUUCCAUCUCUAAAUUUAUUGAAUUUCUUGUUCUCUAUGGAAUUUCUUGAGACAAUUCUUCCUUCAGCUUUCUUUUCUUGAACCUUUCCUUAGUUCCAUUUUCUUUCAUCUUGCCCUGUUGUUCCAUUUCUCAUCUGCAACAAGAACCAUGGACCAUUUUCCUUUUGAAAUCACAAGAACAUUGUCGGAAUUGAAUGAUAGAAGAUGCAAGGGUUUGUGUUUGUAGUGUGAGGAAACUUAUUCAGUGAGCCACAAUCAUUCUAAGGCCCCAUUAUUUGUGACCAUCAUUAACGAAGAAGAAGAUCAACAGGAGUUUGUACAAAUUCAAGGUGCAAGUGAGAAAGAAAAUCAAAUGAAUCACAAUUUGUAGCUGUUGAAACUUGUGAAAAAGAAGAUGAGCAUCUAGAGAUUGCAGAAAAAGUGAAUGCUGUGAUUUCGGAUCCAGUCAAACUUAAGUCUGAAUCUCAAUUUAUAGCUAUUGAAACUUGUGAAUCUUUUCUUUUUGAUGUUAUGACACUGGAUUCAGUUGAUAGUAUGCAGUUAGAAGAGGGGUCUGCUGGAAAUACAGAAUCAAAGGAGGCCAAGAAAGUUGAAAAGUGAAGGAUUUGGGGGAAUUGGGAAGUGGAGAUGAGGAGCCAAAGGUUGGCUUGAUCGAAUUAGUUCUCUCGAAAUCUUUUGAGAGGGAAAAUAAAUGGAAAUGUGGAGCUUGUUCAAGAGAAAGAUAAUGAAGUGUCUUCAGUGUGUGUAGAGGAGACACAGAAGAGUAAUGAACCUGAAAUGGCGGUAAUGAAUGAGGACUUUCAGGGGGAUUACAAUAGGAAUGAUGAAUGUCAAUAAAGGACCAGUGGUUCAUUGCUAAAUUCCAUGAAUAAUGAAGGUUUAAUAAAAUGGAAUGAUUUGGAUGAGGUUAUGAUGGAUUCUGUAGGCAGUCUGCAGAAGAAGAGAAGCUCAAUGCCUGUUGAUGAAGGUGGAUUUUUUAAAAUGUGAUGUACCGUGAUCUCAAGCCAUAGAAUUUCUUGCUGGCUAGCAAGGAUGAGGGAGCCAUGUUGAAGGCCACUGAUUUUGGAUUAUCUGUGUUCAGUGGCGAAAGGAAAAAGAAACUGAUCGAUAAUGAGAAGAUUAAGUGCAAGAUGAAACAAAUGUUCAGUGGAGAUUCAACUGGGCAUUUGAGUAGGAUCAAAUGCAGGAUGAAGUGCAAUUGUGCCCUGCAAGAGUUCAGUUCAAUUAGCUGAGAUUCCUUAGAGGGGAAAGUGCUCAACCAUCCAGCUAUUAGCCAAAUAGUUCAAUCCUAUUAUCUUAGAUUCAUAAUCAAAAUGACAUCAUUUUCCACAAACAACAAAUCUUUUAUUCUGCCUUAUAAAAAUGGCAAGAGAAAGUGUUGUUGGCAGUCCAUAUUAGAUUCACACUUUCACACAAGACUCGACUUAGUUAAAGCAAAUAAAUUCUUUUAUUUUGCCGUGUAAAAGAUGCAAGAAAAAGUGAUGCUGGGCAGUCCAUAUCAACUUUACCCUUCCACAGGGGACUUGACUCCGUCUUAAUGCAAACAAAAUCCAGAGACUUGCCAAUCUUCCUAUGCUAUUUUACUCAAAAGCCCAUAUAAUAGUCAACAAAUGCACUUUAUCCAUUGAUUAUAAAGUAACCCAUCAUGAUCAAUGGUUAGACUAAUACCAUUGUGCAUACAAUGGUUGCACUCAAUAAUUUUCUCCAUUUUAAACAUACGAUGAGUGGUGGAACAUUUGCCAAGUAGUUGAUCAAGCUAGGAAGGUCAACUCAAAUUAUUCCACAACAUGGGUCUAUAAAAGCCCAAAGGGGCUAGGCUGUUGCUUCAGUGCCUAAUUCAAGAGAAAUAUCUGCGUAAAAAUACUGAAAUGAGGCUAAUUAAGCAGCUGUUGGUUGCUUUAGUAAUAGCUUCAUUAUUAGAGGGAUGGUGGAGCUGUGAUGGUUGUUUGGAUGAUGAGAGAAAUGCUCUUUUACAACUCAAGGCUUCUUUCAAUAAUCCUCUUGAUAGAUCACUCUCUUCUUGGGGUAUAGACACUGAUGACUGUUGUAAAUGGGAAAACAUUCACUGCAACUCCACCACAGGACGAGUUUCCCAACUCACUAUUUGGAGCUAUGGUUGGUAUGUAACAGAUAGGUACUUCAAUGCCUCUUUGUUUCUUCCCUUUCAAGAACUGACGAGUCUUAGCUUACCACACGGUUUUAUUGAUUGUGUUGAGAAUGAAGGUUUUGAAAGAUUAGAAAGUCUAAACAAGUUGGAGUUUCUUGAUUUAGAUAGAAGCUGGUUCAACAACAUAAGCAUAUUAUCAUCUAUUGGCCAUCUUUCAUCUUUAAAAUCAUUAAGUUUAGCCUACAUUGGAUUGGAAAGCGUAACUGAUAUUCAAGGACUAUCAAGACUUGAAAAUUUGGAGUUUCUUGAUUUAUCAGGCAACAACUUCAACGAUAGUAUCAUACCAUCUUUAAGUGUCUUUCCAUCUUUAAAAUCAUUAAAUUUAGCCUACAACAGAUUGGAAAGUGUAACUGAUUUUCAAGGGUUAUCAGAACUUGAAAAAUUGGAGUUUCUUGAUUUGUCAUGCAACAAGUUCAACAGUGGUAUCACACCAUUUUGUAUUGACUUUUCAUCUUUAAGAUCAUUAUAUCUAUGGGACAAUGGACUAACAGGAACGAUUGACAUUAAAAGAGUAUCGAAACUUGGAAAUUUGGAAUUUCUUGAUUUAAGUCAUGACAACUACGGGAAUAGUUUCCUACCAUCCUUUGGUGAUCUUUCAUAUUUAAAAAAAUUUAUUCUGUCUCAAUGUGGAUUGAGAGAAGCAAUCGAUAUUCAAAAAUUAAGUAAUGGAACAAGCUUGAAGUUCUUGAAUUUAGCGGGCAAUGAAAUUGAAUCCCUUAAAUCCUUCCAAGGUGGUGGAGAUGGUGGUGGUGAAGAGUUACAGAAGCUGAGCAAUUUGGAAUAUCUUGAUUUGAGCUAUAAUCGCCUGGAUAACAACAGUCUAUCAUCUCUCAGGACACUUUCAUCUCUCAAGUUUUUGAAUAUGGAAUACAAUCUAUUAGAAGGAUUAAUAAAUAUGGAAGAAUUGGAUGCUUUGGGCAACUUAGAGGUACUAAGCCUAGGAGGAAAUCAAAUUACUAAAGUUGUGGCCUCAGGAGAUAUGAGAGUCGUCAGGAAUUUGAGUGCUCUUUUCCUUGAUAACGUUACUACCCAUGGAAGAAGCAGCAUUCAGCUGGAAUUACUGGGAGCAUACCCAUUUCUCAAGACCCUUUCUCUAACGCAUAAUAGCUUCAAAGGAGCGAUAUUUGCUCAAGAGCUGGGUAAUUUGACAAGCGUGGAAGAGUUGUUCCUGGAUUAUUCCUCACUUGAUGAACAGUCUUUUAAGAGCCUUGGAGCGUUGCCUUCUCUUAAUGUUUUGUCUAUGUAUGCCCUCAAUGCUACCCUACCCACUGAAGGCUUGCUGAAUUUCAAAAAUUUGGUGUAUUUGGAUUUGAGUUUUUUUUACUCUCCACAACAACUUCUUGAAAGACAUUGGAAAGAUAUCAUCACUUAAGAUUUUAUUAUUGUCGGGAUGUCAACUAAGUGGAACCAUACCUGCUGCCAAAGGUUUAUGCGAGUUAAAACAUCUUCUAAAGUUAGAUAUGAGCAACAAUGAUCUCCGUGGCACAUUGCCUUCGUGUCUAGCAAAUUUAACAUCCCUUCAACAAUUAGAUAUAUCUUCCAAUCACUUCAUUGGAAAUAUCUCCAUAUC